AGCAAUCUCUGUUGGCAGGACGUAUACCGGUAGCCUCAAUGACGGGUCCAAUUAAACGCGGCCUUUUAUGGCAGCAACGUGAUCGUUUGUUUUCACGUUGGAAAGAAAGAUAUUUUGUUUUGACACGUGACUAUCUGCAUUGUUUUAAAAGAGCAUCAGGUUCAGCCAAUGAACGUGCCUCUGACAUGGGACAAUUUAUAUUUAAGGUCAAAUUGGUGGAUGUUGAAAAAGUGGAAUGGUUAAAUCGUCGCUCCUACAGUGCUAUUGGUUUACUAUUGGGACGUGAGGGUAGAGUUUUGUUACGAUGUGAUGAAGGCCUCGAAGAUUGGUUCGAACUACUGGAGGAAUGUACCAUAACCUCCAAGGAACGUCGUCGUGCAUUAAAAAUCGCCCAAGGUCCAAGAUCAAGAGCUUCAUUGGCAGCCCCCGUUUCCCAUGCAUCUCUGCAAUCAAAUCAUUUCGGUUUAGGUGGCACCUAUUCGAGCGCUCUAGAUGAUUGGUUAAUGACCAAUGGUAGUGGCAUGGGCGUCGGACGUGGCCAAAAGCUUGUCACGAACAGUGUGUGUGGUUAUGGUGGUAAUAAUCCAUUCCUGUUUUCGGAUUCAGUACCCGAUUUAAGUGCAUUAAAUAAUGAAAAUCAUAAUCAUAUAAGUGGUAUGUCCACCAAUCACUCAACACCACAAAAGAUACCCUAUUCGGCAGCCGCUGCGGCCAGUGGUGGUAACAACAGCCGCUACUCGAAUGGCUACUCAUCACAGAAUUCAUCGUUUUCGAAUUGUAAUGGCUUGUACGGAUCACCCAGGCGUAUAUUCAUCAACAGCAGUUUCGGAUCGACCCAUAUUGUCGACGAGGAGGCUGAGGACGGUGAAGUUGAGCUAAGACGUCCACGCAUUUUCCGCCAUUUGAGUACGGAAAAUGGUAACGAAUUGGAUCGUGAUUGGUUGUAUCGCAAGCCAAGGGCACCCACAGAUAUGAGACAUUCAGUUCAACCAAUGUUGCCUACCCACAAUAAUUCAAACAACAGCUCGAGUAAACUGAUCACCACAGACUUGGAUUAUUCCGCCCAUGAUAGUGGCCUUGAUACCCCACCCUCUACACAUCGACCGUCCAGUUAUCGUGAAGCCGCACCCAUCAACCAACAUCAAGCCUCUCCCCGUGACUCCACUGAGACAUCAGUCAGUUCAUCCCGUGGCACAAUGCUGAAUUCACCCGGUGGCAGUUUUCGUGCAAAACAUUUGCAACAGGUCAGCAAUUUGAAUCAGGUCAAUGCGUUACACGGCUCACGCUAUAGCGUCCAGGAACGUAUACUGAAAAUCCGCAAUGAAGAGGAUCGUUGUGCCAGCAUUAAGUCAGGCAAUCGUGCCAAUUUAAACACGGAAAUGUAUGAUCCAAAUCAAAAUCGUUACUAUAAGAAUGGUAACCAAUCGCCAGUCACUUCGUUGACCCCACAACAUACCCCCGUAAAGAUGUCACAACAUUUACAUCCUCAAAUGAAUGGUAAUGGGAAUAAUAAUGGCACAUUGAAUGGUAAUAUGCCCAAUGGGUCGGCUAUAUUCCGUGAACGUUAUCAGCAUCCAGCAUUGGCGGCCAUUAUUAAUGAGGCUCAGGGUAUGAAGUUCAGAGAUCGUUCAUAUUCCGAUUGCCAACAGAUGCCGCCAAGGCGUAAUGUCAACAAUAAUCCAUCACCGUUGACCACCAGACGCAAUCAUGUUAAUCCAAUAUUUGGUACACCAACACGGGUAUAGCGCCUAAAGA